GUUUCCUCCUUCCUUCGCUCGUCUUGUUUUUCACGGAUGGAUCUUCCAGACGCUAUUAGAAAGCGCUUAGAAGACUUUUCUCGCAAUGUCCUGUUUGACCAGAGUCGGUCUGGGACGUUUUCUAAAGACAACGGCGCGUUUUCGCCCCACGACAAACGCAUUUUGUCCAGCCUCCAGCUCCAGAUGUCUUUGUAUUUCAACAUGUGGUUCUUCCCCUGGUGGUGGAUCAGUGAAACUGCGAUGCUGCAGCUCAAGUAUCCUGCUUUGCCAGACUACUACAAGUUCAUCCUUGUGACUGUUCUUCUACUGAUGACUCUGAUUGAGGUCAUCCGACUCUAUCUUGGUUAUAGUGGGAAUCUGCAAGAAAAGGUCCCAGAGCUGGCUGGAUUUUGGCUGUUGAGUAUUCUUCUGCAGUUUCCACUGAUACUCUUUCAGCUCUUUAAUGAAGCCAUUCUCAUACAGCCCUUGGAGAGGGCUGUCCAUAUAGUUCUCUGCAUAUUUAUACUUACACAGGCUCUGACGGGAUUUGUGGCACUGAGGGACAUGGUUAGACACACAGAAAGCCAGUUUCACCUUCGACAGUUUGACUGAACGCUGAUGCCCAGAUGUCCAGAUCUUGGCCCGUCAGGCUGUAUUCUUACUUGAAACCUCUUAGAUUCAGAUAACAAAAAAGAUGUUACAUAUUUAUUUCUGUAUUUCUGAUGGCUGCUUUAAUA